GGCAGAGUCCCGUUGAGCCAGAGCGCGAAGGAGGCAGCCGGCGGGACGGCGCGCCUGGCGGCUGGGCGGGCGCACUGAAGGGAGGCCGGGGCGCCCUCGGCCCGGCCGCGGACCCUGCCCCGAGGUAUCGGCCUCGGCGGCGCAGCCCGCUUCUACUCAAGUCCGCGGACCUGCUUGCGGGGGAAGAAGCUCGGAGGCCGAGAGCCGGCGCGCCGCGGAGCCCGUCCGCCCGGGGUGCGCCGCGGGAGAGCUAGGUCCCCGCAGCUGCGCGGCUGUCCGGCGUCGGCGGUGUCGGGAGCGCGCCCGGCCCGGAGCCGGAGAGGCGCGCACCAUGAGCGGCGGCGAAGUGGUCUGCUCCGGAUGGCUCCGCAAGUCACCCCCGGAGAAAAAGUUGAAGCGUUAUGCGUGGAAGAGGAGAUGGUUUGUGUUACGCAGUGGCCGUUUAACUGGAGAUCCAGAUGUCUUGGAAUAUUACAAAAAUGAUCAUGCCAAGAAGCCUAUCCGUAUUAUUGAUUUAAAUUUAUGUCAGCAAGUUGAUGCUGGAUUGACAUUUAACAAAAAAGAGUUUGAAAACAGCUACAUUUUUGAUAUCAACACCAUUGACCGGAUUUUCUACUUGGUAGCAGACAGUGAAGAGGAGAUGAAUAAGUGGGUUCGUUGUAUUUGUGACAUCUGUGGGUUUAAUCCUACAGAAGAAGAUCCUGUGAAGCCACCUGGCAGCUCCUUACAAGCACCGGCUGAUUUACCGCUGGCGAUAAAUACAGCACCACCAUCCACCCAAGUGGAUGCCUCCUCUGCCGCUCCACCUCCUCCAUAUCAGCUAAUUAGCCUUCCACCACACCUGGAAACCCUUGGCAUCCAGGAGGAUCCUCAAGACUACCUCUUGCUAAUCAACUGUCAAAGCAAGAAGCCUGAACCCACCAGAACGCAUGCUGAUUCUGCAAAAUCCACCCCUUCGGAGACAGACUGCAAUGAUAACGUCCCUUCUCAUAAAAAUCCUGCUUCCUCCCAGAGCAAACAUGGAGUGAAUGGCUUUUUCCAGCAGCAGAUGAUGUAUGACUCUCCACCGUCUCGGGCUGCAUCCUUUUCCGUAGACUCCAGCCUUUAUAACCUGCCCAGAAGUCACUCCCAUGACGUCUUACCAAAGGUGUCUCCUUCAAGUACUGAAGCCGACGAAGAGCUCUAUGUUUUUAAUACCCCAUCCGGGACCUCGAGUGUAGAGCCUCAAAUGAGGCAUGUAUCUAUUAGUUAUGACAUUCCUCCAACACCUGGUAAUACUUAUCAGAUUCCACGAACAUUUCCAGAAGGAACCUUGGGGCAGACGUCAAAGCUAGACACUAUUCCAGAUAUUCCUCCACCUCGGCCACCGAAACCGCAUCCGGCUCAUGACCGAUCUCCUGUGGACACGUGUAGCAUCACACGCACAGCCUCUGACACUGACAGUAGUUACUGUAUCCCGACAGCAGGGGUGCCACCGUCCCGUAGUAAUACCAUUUCCACUGUGGAUUUGAACAAAUUGCGAAAAGAUGCUAGUUCUCAAGACUGCUAUGAUAUUCCACGAACAUUUCCAGCUGAUAGAUCUAGUUCACUCGAAGGCUUCCACAACCACUUUAAAAUCAAAAAUGUAUUGACAGUGGGGAGUGUAUCAAGCGAAGAACUGGAUGAAAAUUAUGUCCCCAUGAAUCCCAAUUCUCCACGGCAACAUUCCAGCAGUUUCACGGAACCCAUUCAGGAAGCAAAUUAUGUGCCAAUGACUCCGGGGACAUUUGAUUUUUCUUCAUUUGGAAUGCAAGUGCCUCCUCCCGCUCAUAUGGGCUUCAGGUCCAGCCCGAAGACCCCUCCUAGAAGGCCAGUUCCUGUUGCAGACUGUGAACCACCCCCCGUGGAUCGGAACCUCAAGCCAGACAGAAAAGUCAAGCCAGCACCUUUAGAAAUAAAACCUUUGCCAGAAUGGGAAGAAUUACAAGCCCCAGUAAGAUCUCCCAUCACUAGGAGUUUUGCUCGAGACUCCUCCAGGUUUCCCAUGUCUCCCCGGCCGGAUUCAGUGCACAGCACGACUUCAAGCAGCGACUCACAUGACAGUGAAGAGAAUUAUGUUCCCAUGAACCCAAACCUGUCCAGUGAAGACUCAAAUCUUUUUGGCAGUAAUAGUCUUGAUGGAGGAAACAGCCCAAUGAUCAAGCCCAAAGGAGACAAACAAGUGGAAUACCUAGAUCUAGAUUUAGAUUCUGGGAAGUCCACGCCACCACGUAAGCAAAAGAGCAGUGGCUCAGGCAGCAGUGUAGCUGACGAGAGAGUGGACUAUGUCGUGGUUGACCAACAGAAGACCCUGGCUCUGAAGAGCACCCGUGAAGCCUGGACCGAUGGGAGACAGUCCACAGAGUCUGAAACGCCAGCCAAGAAUGUGAAGUGAAAAUGCCGCUUUAAUGUCUCUGAACAAAAGAGGGCUGAGCUGUAAGGAGAAAUCCUGUUUGACUGAAGAUAACUUGACCCUUGUACUCUAGGUAGAUCCUCAACUGAACAGAGUCGAAGUCAGAGGACCUUUCAGACUUAAUCAAGCCGUUGAGCGUGUAAAUGGUGCUUUGUGGUAUCUGAACAAUUCAUCACAUGUAAAUAAUGUGGGAAAAUACUGUUGUUUGGUUCCCAGAGAAACAUUUGUUUCGUAGUUAACACACUUGUAGUAUUACUGUAUUUAUGCACUUUUUCAUUUAAAGCAUUGGUUGGGUAUUCCCGAAUGGGCCUGAACAUGAUUCUUUUGGGAGUUCUUGUUUUCCUCACACUACUCUUAAGAACGAUGCUACGUGAACUAAGCUACUUUCCACUGGGAAAUUGCUCUUCAGCUGCAGGGUAACAACAUGACGUGAGAAGUAGAUUCACCAUAUACCUUUCUACCUGAAACUUAACGGGGUAACCGUUAGCUUAAACCGCAAAGUAGAGUUGGACUCAUCAUUCAUUGCCUUCCAAAGUGCUAAGCAUCAUGUACCUACUGGUGUCAGGACUUUGUUCUCUGGUUCAUGGACAUUUGGUUUUCAGUGGUGGAACUUUCUUAUAUUUUGUUAAUUACAGUGUUUUGGGCUCAUUAAGUGAAGAUUCUGCCAGGUGGGAUCUUACACCUUGUAAAGAGUGAAUAAUCACACUAUCAAGUAAGCGUACAACUCACUGAUGGCAUGUGGUGACGAUGUGCUCUCACACUUUCAACAUGUAUUAUUAAACUUUACGUUAUUUGCAAAGUGUAGAUUAUGUAACUAAUCAGGUACGUACCAGGCACUGAUGUGCUAAUACAAUGAUCAGGUUUAGACAGUGAGCUUUAGUUGUAUUCGUGUUAGUCCUCUAAUGCUGGUUUCCAGUUUGGAAUUAAUGGCACAAUUGACAUUCACUGUUAGUUAUAGCAACAUACUGUGAUUUUUAAUUAGACAGUCAUUCAGAUUUAUUACUCUAAGAAUGAAAUUCUGUCUUUUGACAACAUAGUGCCCUUUCUAUGAUUUUUUUUUUAAACUUUACUUAAUAUUCUUCUUGGCCUUAUCCUAUUUAAAUCCCUAUGCAAUUAAUAUUUUAUAUCUGCAUUUUUUAAAAAAAUAGAUGUUAUAUAAGUGAUUCUCAUAUGUAGCACCUAUUGCUUUUCCAGUAAAAGAAUUAAGGCUUGUGUACUGUGAUUUAUAUUCACUGCCCCGAUUCAAGAAAUAUUGGAGCCUUGCUAUAAUGUGAAAUCUUAAAGUCAUGGACCUCUUCCAACCAGAUUUCUGAAACCACCAGAGGUAUCGUAUAGUUCUGUCUCACCUAUAUAACAUGGUCCUAUAGCAAGACCACACAUUAUCUAUAGUAAGGCUACGAUUUAUCUGUCUUGGCUUUGCAAUGUAAUUUAGAAAGCAGGUAUAGUUAUUGGUUUGAUUGGUUUUUAACUAAGUUACAUACAAUCUCUUAUGUACUGAUUUGAGACUUACUAACAGUGUUUGGAGGGGGCAUAGAGAUUGAAGAGCCCACAGCUGAGGCAUGUUUCCCUCCAUGCAGACCUUUAAUGUUACCUGAGUACACAGAUGUGCCCUGAUUUCUGGCCCCUUGGUCGCCGUACUGUGCCUAAUCAAUGUAAUGGGUUUAUGUCCCCUCCAUGAGCUAAAAACGUUCAUAACAAGAUGAAUUGUAGACAAGUAACAUUUGAUGCUUUUAAAUGUUUGCUUCUUUUUAAACAAAAACUAAAACCCAGAACUGAAUUUUGAGGUGGAUUUUUAAAUAAAAAAACAUUGUUUGA